AUGUCAGUCACCUCCUCUGUUGAAGAGAGUAUUAAACCAAACGGAGUUGAUACCUACGACAGUGGUGAUGACUGGGAGAUUGGGGUUGGAAAUUUAAUAAUUGACUUGGAUGCCGAUUUGGAGAAAGAUCGACAGAAAUUGGAGAUGAAUCGUAUUUUGAGCAUAAAAAGCACCGUGAAAGGUUGUGACGAUCUGGCAUACAAUUGUGCAAACGCAACCGCUGUGUUAGAUGGCCUUACAUGUCCCUCAGUGCAGCCCUGUGUUGCCCGAGGAAAUGUCAGCAAGGACUCUAAGAAAUUCCGAUUGAAAAAAAGAAAUUCUUCGAAUGACAGUGACAAAUUCCCCUCGCUUGACACACUGUGUGGAAUUCCUAAAGUAUGCAUUAGUAAACGACGGGAAGCUCAAGGACGCCCCAGAGAGGCAUUUGAAAUGAAUUCAGCACCGGACCAAAUGAACAGCAACCCCGACACAAGUGAUGUAACCGUUUCUUGCGCCAAAGGCAAAGAAGGGAAAAAAGGGAAAAAUCAAAGCAAAGGACUGAAAAGGGAGAAGGAUUCUGUCAGGACGCGCAAAGAUAAGCAAAGCGAUGGACCAACAAGCUUUGAAUUCGGCCCAGCAUCGGAGAAUGGUUGUGCGUUUGGAGGGAAGGAGAAUCCAUGCUAUUGUGGAGACAACGGAAUGGGAGACAUCAACAGAGGCGGAAUGGAUGCUGGGAUGAGGGGUAGUGCUAUUGUUGUUGAAAAGACUGACGAAACCAGCACACCAGACCAUAUUCAGAAAACGUUGAACAUUAAGACCAGGUCAAUCGGAACCAACACCCAGGAGGCUGAGAGAGCCACAGACUCAGGCUUCAUGGAACCAUGUCAGCCAGGCACAAGUGUCAAUCUAGAGGCUAUUGUUUGGCAUGAAACUGAGGAAGGUGUUUUAGUUGUGAAUGUAACAUGGAGGAAAAGGACUUAUGUGGGGACUCUUUUGGACUGUACAAAGCAUGACUGGGCCCCACCCAGAUUUUGUGAGUCACCCUCAAGUGACUCUGAAAUGCCAGGUGGAGGCCGUGGACGUGGAAAACGCAUGCGGCUGACCAUUCCAGAUCAACCUUUGGUUGAACCUGGUCUGUCUAAGGUCAGAGGGCUGUCGUAUAAGAGGCGCGGUGUUGGCAUUGGAAAUAAAGGGAGAAGAGGCAGUCUGAAUCUCAGUAACUGCAGGACAAACCCAUUUUAUUCUGUGGAGGACAUCAAAUCAAGUCCACUAAUCUGUGGCAAGAGGAAAACAAAGGUUCCAGCUGAAUUGGAUCUGAGUUUGGUCACAGAGGACAUAAAGAAUGGAAAUGGAAAAAGAAUACGUGCCAAGUCCAGGAGUGCUCCUUCCACCCCGCAAGGGAAAUCAGAUCCCGUGUUUAUGGAUCAGGUAUGUGCUUCUCCGAUGCUCAUAGACUGUCCGCAUCCAAACUGCAACAAAAAAUACAAGCAUAUCAAUGGCCUCCGGUAUCAUCAAUCACAUGCGCAUCUGGAGAGUGACAACAAACCAGAAUUUGAAGCAGAAAGCGAAGACAGACUCUCAGACUAUGAAGAGCCUAUCACCAAUAUGACUUUUGACUGCACUGAGAUGUCCAGUAGUGUUUCCAAGAAGGCAAAACCUGUUUUCAAGCUUAAUUCACUUGGGUCUUCAAAAGGGAGAAAAGUAUCUCUCAGUAAUGAUCAUGGCCCCACAGUCAACACUAAAACACGGAGGACUAUGGUGAACAAAGAAGGAGCUAUCGAUGACUUGAGUAACCUGCCACUCAUCUCUAAUAUGUCUGUGGUGCUUGAGAACUGUCUCAUCACUGAUCGAAAUUCAUCCGUUGAAAUGCCAAAACUCGAAGCUGAGGGUGCGAUCGAUAAAAGAGACAUCUGUGAGAAAGUUAAAAAAGAAAACGCGGUUGCCGACAGAUGCUCCUCUAAAUCCAGGACCAACCGGUUGAUUACCUCUCCUCCAGCCCCACCAAAGCUGAUUGCCAUUCCCACAACUCCAUUCUCCCCUACCCCUGAGGGCACAUCCAAUCAAUCUCCACCAACUGUCAAUCUAACAAAGGCAAAGAACCUCUCUCUUAAACCUAUCAAGCCAAAGUUGGAUAUUAUUGCACAGGUAAAUGUGGCAAAUGCUGCCUUUGUCACUAGCAAAGAAAGUAAAAGAAAAGAAAGACACCGGUUGAAAGAUAGAAAUGGCAAAGAGACCAGGAGCCCUAAAACAGAUCCCACUUAUAUAAGAGCAGAUGAUGGAAAGAGUAUAGGGAAGGACUUUCCUGUCAGUCUCCUGAAGGAGCACUUGAGCAAGCAAGACACUAUAAAUGGCCCAAGUGAAACUCAAGAAAGUCGAAUGGCGAGUAUCAGGGCCGAGGCCGACAAGGUGUAUACUUUCACUGACAACGCACCUAGUCCUUCCAUUGGUAGCUCUGCAAGAAUAGACCCAGGAACUCUUGCAAAUGGUGACGGCACUAAGACAAACAGCCCAGCUUAUUCAGACAUCUCUGAUGUCGCAGAGGACGGUGGAUCAAACACAAGAUCCAGGACAAACCUGGCUUCUGAUUCAAGCACCAGCAUCAAUGCCAAGAUGUCCUCCUCUGGCACUCCUAUUAUGACAGUUCCAGUAAAAGAAUCCCAGUCAACAUCUCUGAGCCAUGGAUAUGAGCCACACGGACUCCAAAAUUAUAUGCAUGCUGGGCAGCCCAAUACCACCACUUUCCUGAAGAUCUCUACCGGUUACGGGAGGGCUAAAGAGGACAUAAAAGAAGUUCAUGAGGAUAUGAAAAGCACAGAGCCGAGUUCAGAGUCAAGUUCCCAGUCACAGCUUCAGUUGGCCAUGACACAAACACAAACUGCAUUAGCUCAAUCCUUAUACUAUGGGCAGUACACUCGAAGUAUUUCAAUGGACCAGAAAGUUGUAAUGGUGCCCAACACCCACAGACAGUCCUCUGAGAUGUGUUGUGAUGAUGUUCAGUACAACAAGCAAAGAAGUGGUCAAGCUAGACGAGAACCUGAGCAGAGAGAACGGUCAAAGGAUGAGCCAAAGAUGAUCAUUUCAUCUGGGGUCAUUUCUAAAGGGACAAACUCUAUCAAAGUCAGCUGUACGAAACCUAGCCUCAUCUAUGUUGAGUUGAACAAACAACUGCCUAUUCAGCAGCCACAAGGGAAGUCGACAUUUAUCGCAAUGACAAAAGACCAGGGGCUUGAUAAGGAGUCAGAAGACUUUAAAACAGAUGAUCCAAAUCAAAAGACAAAUGUGGACUCUAAUCCAGCAUUAUUAAAGGACUCAGAUACUCAGUCCUGGAACUGCUCCUAUCAGUCUAAAUAUACAAAGCAGCAGAAUCAAGAUAUGAGCAAGAUCUCAGAGGAACUGAGUUCUGACAAAUCUAAAGACUGGCAGAUGUCCCCAGAGCAUGGAUCUAGGUUGGAAGCAGAGCUUCAAAAUGCCAAGCAUCAAGACAGUCCAUCUGAGGACAGUCACUCCGAGCGUACGAGAGCAGAUGAGGAGGAGACUCCUGGGGAGGUAUCAGAGGACUCCCAGAGUGCAAGAGUAGCUGUAUCAUCUCCACUGAGUCCCCAGCAAUCCUAUAUCCAAUACCAACAUUCAUACCCUUAUCUACACUUAUGUGAUACAAGUAACAGUGCUUACAGAGUGAUGUCGCCUGCUUUAGCACACAACUACCCAGGUUUCCACUACCCUCUUUAUGGGAAAACAGCUGGGAGAGAGGAGUCCGAUAUGGCCCAGAACAACUGUGGCUUGAACAAGACGGUCAGUGACUCUACAGCUCUGGAGCUGUUGCAACGCAACAACAUGCCAUACCACGGAAAAUCUCCGGUGCCUGGGGAACGAGGAUCUCCAGAUCAGGAGAGAGAGACAGAGCGGGAGAAGGAGUCCGUCCCUUUUGCCCGGCACCUUCACACACAUCAUCACACGCAUCUUGGCAUCGGCUACACUCUUGUGUCUGGACAGUAUGACCCUUUUCAAGGUUUGAAUUCUGCAGCAUUAGUUACCAGUCAGCAGGUGUCAACAGCACAGAAUUCUUCGAAUGAAAACGAUGGGAAGAUGUGA